ACAGCAGCUGCUGUCUGGUUGGGGAACACUGACAUUGUCUGCCUCUUAAAAUCACCCAGUCAACCAUCAGACCACAGCUGCACAUCGUAUGACCCUGUAUUAAUGCUAACAUUGCUAUUAUUGCUACCAUAUUUCUACAACUGAAGAUAAGCAAAGGCACUGCUAUGAGGAUACCUGGUAGCAAUGACUGAUGUGGAAUCUACAUAUGCAGAUUUCAUAGCCUCUGGGAGAACAGGACGAAGGAAUGCCCUCCAUGAUAUACUCGUCUCGUCUGCAAGUGGAAAUCCAUCGGAGUUGGCUCUAAAGUUAUCUGAACUUGACAUAAACAAAUCUGAGGGUGAAGAAAAUGAUCAAACAAAAGCUGAUGAUAAAACUGCAGAAGAUCAGACCCAGGCACCAAAGCAGGAAAGCUAAUACCCCUGCACAUUAAACCUUAUUUAACAUUUCCUAAAGGUUCUAAAUUUCAUAGCAAUAUCAUAUAUUGUAGCAGUGAAAUGAAGGAGUGCACCGUGGAUACAAAAAAUAUGAACAUAUCAAAGAAUUUAAAUCAACGAAGGGACACUUGUGAUGGAUUUUUUCUUAAUUUUCCUAUAAGCAAUGGCUGAAAUGUUUAGAAAAAUCAUUUUGAUCACGUGAAAAUUUAACAAAAUGCCAUUUGAAAAGCCACGGAUACUUUUAUAAUGAGUGCAGUUAUGUUUUAAAUUUCUGUGUUUGUUUUCCUUUUUUUUUUUUUUUUUUUUUUUAACACUAGAGAGGUUCAAAUAAGUUAUGCUGCAAGGCUUCCAUGGUACAUUUCUUAAAAAUUUUUUUUAAAAAAUCCUGGAUCGAAGCUUACAUGACGUUUAAACAAGAGGAAACAUGGUUAAAGACCAUUUCUGUUUUUGUUUACAAAAGGUUAAUAUUUUACACUGCCCUUGGUCAAAAACAUAUACAACUGCACCGUUAACACUUAAUGAAAGGGCUGUUCUUACAUGGUUUUGUUCUUUUUUGCAUUCAUUUGAUAAAUGUAAUCACUUUACACAAACCAACAUUUUGUGCCAAUAGAAUUAACGUCAGACUGUUUCGCAGGUUUUUAGUUAGUGGGCAGCUAGUACCUUAUGAGAUAUUCUGUGCUUAAUUAGCAACAAAUUAACUCACUGUGUUGUGUGAUAUCUGUCUGGUUUGAACAAUCUCACUGUGGCUUAGAUGUUACAAGUAUCGUACAAAAAGUUUUUUUUUUUCUCAAGUUUCUAUAGGUUAUAAUCUUUAAACAUUUUUUUUAAUUAGAAUUUGUUUUUCACAAUUCCCAGAAUUCACGUGACAUAAUUUUAUAAUUCAUUAUAAUAGAGAAUAAUGCACUACUGACAUUGUUAAGAAUUACUGAGUACUAUUAAUGCACUGAGGAACUGGGUGCCAGUAUUUGCACACGUAGAGUCCUUCCAAAAUUAGUAUCAAUUUCUAACACUGUAUUUGUUAUAUUUGUAAUAGUGCACUUUUUAAUGUUUGUAAAUUUUACUAAAUUAAUAGUGUUGUUGUUUAUCAGUUCUAAUAACUAAUAAAAGUUAACCAAGUGG